AUGGACCCAGAGCAACCAGACACUGACCAGUGGCUCUGGCGAAGAAUUGGCGAUUGGCAGAGACUAGCUUGUCAGAUCCACCGCAACCGUGUAAGGCGGAAAUGGGAUUCUUACCUCUGUGUUUACUACGCCAUAGAUAAUGAGUAUGGCUACGAUGAUAUUUGGUAUUGUGGCGAGUAUGAACACGCCUCGGACCGUGAUGAGUUGGUGCCCGUCGCGUGUCGGGAGUUGGUGCCCGUCGCGUGUCGGUUUGAGAAAAUGGAGCAAGGUGCAGUAAAACACUUGGAGGGGCGCGAUAAUGAAGCCGGGCCCUUGGUUGAGUUAAGCGGAGCAUACACUUGCUCCGAUCCAAGACCGGCAAGAAUGGCUCGCCAAAUAUCGAGCAAUACUCCCACCCAGCAGGAGCUAUCACAAGUUCAGGCGCCGCCGGAUAGUCUCACUCGGGCUUCACAAGCGUUCUUCCAUGGUUUCGACUUCCGAGCGACCUCGGAUGACGGCCCGACGUCGCCUAUGGUCACCUCCACCCAAGAAGGACCAUCGUCCCGCCACGAGAUGUCGACGGAUGAUGAAAUCAGUACCUUGCAAGCGUUCGCCAACUCUACCAUCCAACAGGAGACCAAAGGCCACGAAAGCUUCUGUCACGCUAUCAACUACAGAGCUUAUCGUUCAGUGACAACCUCUGCUGACCGAGAUAUUCAAACACGCAUCCUGCAACGGCUAAGCGACCCAGGCUCGACGCCCUUUGAGGAUGAUCCACGAGAGUGGUUGGCCCAAACGUCUACCACGCUGAGAAGUUGUUUCAUUGAGACAGAAGUGGCGACGAAGAAGCACAUGAUGACCAUACACACAUUCGUACAGCAACUACAGCACACAAAAUCCUUAUUAAGACUUUGCGCCAGCAUCUGUGGCCCUCAGUCAGGCGUGAAUGAGGCUUAUGAUCAGUGUAUUAAGGCAGAGGGCUUUGCAAGGGAGUUGAAUAUCGCAUUCCAGCGUCGGGCAUAUGACCUUUGGGGUUCACUAACUUUGCCUGACUGA